UUUGACAGUUCUUCGAACGAGGUAAACAAACCGGUUCAUUGUUCAUCGGCGGUGGAAUUUACCGGUCGGGCAACGACCAAACUGCGGCAUUUCAAUGAACGAUAAUACGCUUAAAUCAAUCCCAAAGAAUCUUGUCCCGGAAAAUUAUCUCACCCUAGCGAACGAUGCACGUGUGGAGCGUGAUAAGCAAAUCAAACUACUGCUCGAACAGCGCAAAUUACCGGCCUCGGGAUGGUGCGAACCGAUGAUCGAACACUGCAUCAGCGAGCUGGCAUUGCUGGACAGUAACAAUUUCCCCACACGAUGCGGCAUGGGUGAACGGGAAGGACGGAUCGUUUGUGAUCUGGUACGACGGAGACAUUACAACUUUUCUCACGGCAUUGGACGUUCCGGAAAUCUGACCGAUGCACAACCCAAAGCAGCCGGGUCGACGAUAAUGGCAAAUUUAACCAACAGCUUGGUGCGGGACUGGAUCCGUACGAUUGGCAUUCCGUCCUGUGGCCACGCGAUCGUUGUCCCGCUAGCUACAGGCAUGACUGUGAUGCUCACUUUACGCGCCAUUCACGCCAGCAGGUCUGCGGCACGCUACGUACUCUGGUCGCGAGUAGAUCAACAAUCUUGCUUCAAAAGUAUCAUAGCCGCUGGACUUACACCCAUCGCGAUCGACAGUUUACUAGCAUCGGAGAUUAACGGGAAUGGGGAACAACCGCAAGCCGCGAAUCCAACUUUUGCCACCGAUCUGGUAGCAUUUGCUAAGCACAUUAACCAGCUCGGUGCUGACGCGAUCUGUUGCGUGCUGUCAACCACGAGCUGCUUUGCGCCACGCAGCAGUGACGAUGUGAUCGAGCUGGGCAAGCUGUGCAAAGCGCACAGCAUACCGCACGUGGUGAACAAUGCGUACGGUUUGCAGAGUUCGUACUACUGCCAUCAGCUGAAUCAAGCGGCCCGAACGGGCAGAGUCGAUGCUUUCAUACAGAGCACGGAUAAGAAUCUGCUCGUUCCGGUCGGUGGUGCUAUAGUGGCAGGAUCCAGUGCCGAUACGGUCGAUGCCGUGGCGCGACUCUACCCUGGCCGUGCCUCCGGUACGCAGCAUUUGGAUGUACUCAUGACGCUGCUUUCCCUGGGACGGAAUGGCUACAGCGAUCUACUAAAGGAACGAAAGGAAGCGUACGCUGUGCUGUUGGAAGGAUUGACGAAUCUUGCCAAAGCGCACAACGAACGUAUCCUGCCCUGCCGCAAUCCCAUCUCCAUCGCCAUGUCGCUGGUGACGUUUGAAACGACCACAUGCCGGCUGGAAAUGAUCGGUUCCAUGCUACAGAAACGUGGCGUGUCCGGGUGUCGGGUGGUAAGCACGACCGAUAGCAAAACCAUCGACGGUAGCGCUUUCCAGGCAUGGGGCUCGCAUAGCUCGAAGGCCAGCGUACCAUACCUCACGGCGAGUGCGUCCCUGGGCAUUAAGUCGCACGAAGUGGCGAACUUUCUUGCAAAGUUGGAUGAAGUUCUGCGUAAGUAUCGCACCAAGUAUAUGGGUGAUGGAAAAUAAUGUUAUUAUUUGUUAUUUCCUUACAAACAAAAAUGCGAAUUGUUUGAGUUUAUUUAUUAAAAGGAGCAUUGAAUGGUACACAAAUGUUAACACUUCUUUUCGUACAGAAAGAACGCGACCUUACUGGCAAAGAUGUUAUUGCUUUAAACAAAUCACACGAAUCACAUACUCCGUCCGGUGGCAUUACAUGUCCCCAAACCCCAUACACACCCGAACCCCGGUUGCGGAAGAACUACAUAUUCGACGUCGUCAUUCCCUCCGUCAAGCGCUCCAUUUCUAGCAUAAGCACACACGAACGAAACGCACUGAAGCUGAACAAAAGCGCGCAAAACAAUGCGCACACAAAGCGAAUGAACUGUGAGAAUACCCGAAUGGUCCCUAGUUGGGGAGGGAAAGAGGGGUCUGCCUGCCCGUUUCGCUGCCCUGCCGGGAGCAGCAACAUGCGUACGCAGAACCAAUGCCCAUUCGUUCAUUUUAGUGCAUACGUUUCUUCAUCCUGCUUCUUCUCCACGUUUGGAUCAGUUGCGCUCGUGCACCACGUGGCACAGCUGAUCCGUUUAUAGA